CACUGACUGAGUUCGGGGAAGUUGAUGGCCGCACAGGUUUUAUCCGUUGAUUAAGAUGUCAUGUUGUACCAGUUUUGCCAGUGAAAACCCUUGUACUGUUGGCCUGGGAUGAGAAGAUCAAGAGGUACGUACUGUACCUCAAUACAGCUCGUACUCAUGGUAGUCCAAAGUACAAAGCCUUUUGUUUUAAUGGGUGUUUUGUUUCGACAGUAUGGUUCAACACCCUUUGUGCAGCUUUGGCAUUGACUGAAGGUGGGAGAGUUCAGUGAUUUGCUGAAGUCACAAGAAUGCUGACAGAGCAAGAACCAAAGUCCCUGAAACUUGCCAGAAGAAGGUGCUGACAGGAUGCAAGAAUACAUGAGCUAUAAGAAAACAAACUAAGCCUUUUCUUAGAGGCUAGGUUAUCUUCAUGUUAAGGAUGUCUUCAUGUGGGUGUUCAAUGGUUGUAACAAGUGUUCAGUGGCCAGUCAGGUUUUCUGCGAUACAGAAGAUUGAGCCAGUCAUGAAAGCUCAAGGAACAUGUGCAGCAUGGAUUUACAGUUGAAAAGAACUGUGAAUUUACUGGAACCCUUCUGUGUUUUGAGGUAGGAGUGGAGUGUGAGCUGGUGUGGGGGUAACAGUAUGACAAAGGCCAAGGUUUACGAACCAAUGAGCUCAAAUGGCCUUGUAAAGGAAAUGAAAAACAGUAAUGGUAACCAUGGCAACCCUCUGCCUUUGAACCCUGAGAUGCCCACAGAGUCCUCAAGUCUCCCGAAGGAGAAUAUACACGUAGGGGAGGAUACUACUUGUGGCUGGGGAAAAGUCAGGCCCGAUGCCUGCCAGAAGUUCCGCAGCGCAAAAUGGAUGCUCUUUUGGUUGUGCCUCGCCGGUGCAAUACAGGGCAUGGUUGUCAAUGGUUUCAUCAACGUGGUUAUCUCAAACAUAGAGCGUCGGUUUGACCUGAGCAGCACAGAGACAGGAACAAUCGCAAGUUGUUAUGACAUCGCCUCCGUCCUCUGUCUCAUCCCUGUCAGCUACUUCGGGGGACUGGGGCACAAACCCCGCUACUUAGGGAUCGGGAUUCUCAUCCUGGGACUGGGAAGUUUCAUCUUUGCUCUCCCACAUUUCACGUCGGGGAUCUACGAGGUGACGGCCACAAGGGAGAGCAUCUGUUACAGUCGUAAUAACGUCUCUGACUUCUGCGACCCAGACACGUUACCUUACAGUCUCUCACAGUACAAGUAUGUCUUCUUCCUGGCCCAGCUUCUUCAUGGAGCUGGGGCCUCACCUCUCUACACACUCGGAGUUACCUACCUUGAUGAAAAUCUACCCACACGAGUUUCACCAGUUUAUAUAGGUAUAUACUACGCCUUCUCUAUCGUGGGUCCAGCAAUCGGCUACUUGGCUGGGGGUCAGUUCCUAAACACCUUCACGGAUGUCGGUGAUUGGUACAAGGAGGGCCCCAAACCCACACCUGAAGACCCUAAGUAUGUGGGGGCUUGGUGGAUCGGCUUCCUCAUCAGUGGCACACUAGCCUUGAUGGUCAGCCUGCCACUGUCUGCGUUUCCACGGCAACUGCCAGGUUCAGAAGACUACCGCACAGAGCGACGAUCAGAGACGUAUCACAGAGGUACCGAGGAAGACAGCACUCUGGAGAAGCCUGGUUAUAAGCUUGGCAUCAAGGAUAUCCUCAACUGUGUCCGCGUCCUGGUCACAAAUCCCACCUUCAUGUUUCUAAAUCUUGCUGCAGCCUGUGAGGGAAUCUUACUCAGUGGUUUCUCAACAUUCACCCCAAAGUUUAUAGAGUCUCAGUUCAGUCUGACCUCUGGACAAGCAGCUCAGUUUGUGGGUUUUGUAGCGAUCCCCGCCGGUGGAGGUGGGACGUUACUGGGUGGGUACCUGGUGAAACGGUUUGACCUACGAGUACCGGGCAUCAUCCGUCUCUGUCUGUGCACCACAGUAACGAGCCUCACUCUCAUCUUCGUCUUCCUGGUCCAGUGUCGCACCGUCCCGUUUGCUGGAGUCAACAUUCCCUACCACUCGGACGCUGAUAACACAACGCUGAGUUACCUGGGGGCCAACCUGACAGAGCAGUGUAAUGACCACUGUCACUGUGAGCGUGAGAUCUGGGAUCCAGUCUGUGGCAAAGACAAUAUCAUGUACUUCUCACCCUGCUAUGCGGGUUGUCAAGUAACCAUUGAGGGUGAGAAAAAGAUGUACACAAACUGUUCCUGUAUCGACCAUCCUGCUGGGCAGAACUGGAAGUUUGACGCCAUCAAUGGCAAGUGCAGUAGUGACUGCAUCUACCUGGCUAUUUUCAUGCCCUUCUUCGGCUUCAUCAUGCUGCUAACAUUUGUCACCAGCAUGCCGGCACUACAAGCAACAUUGAGAUGUGUGCCACAUGAAACUCGCUCAUUUGCCCUGGGAAUUCAGUGGAUAAUUGCAAGGUGCUUAGGUUCCAUCCCUGGCCCGAUCCUGUUUGGGAAGCUGAUUGACUCUACGUGUUUGCUGUGGCAGCAGAAGUGUGAGGAGCGAGGAUCGUGUUACUUCUAUGAUGACCAGGACAUGGGUCUGUACCUGAUGGGAAUCAGCAUGGUCGGCAAAGCCCUCGCGCUUUUCUUCUUCUUCAUGUCUCUUUGUCUCUACCACUCGCCUCCCCAAACGGAGGAGAAUAAACUGGUGGAGACGGCUUCCAUAGUCACCGGAGCCAUGUCCAACUCGGCCUUGUCCACGACGAGUAGAGCCACGCCAACCAAUCUCAGCGUCCAGUCAUCAAUGACACUGUUGGAAGAAGAGCCCAAUGGAAUUCUCAUAACGCCCUCAUGAGAGCCGGCUCAGUGUUUGUUCUCUCUCAGCCAUUCUUAUUGCAUUUAUCCUUACCUGAAGCAUUCACAGUUCAGUUAGUUGAUACUAAGGCAUGUAGACAUCUGAUGGUCUGGCGUGUUGUCUAAUGGCUUUGUUUUUGACCAGACCUGUAGGCAUCUGAAGGUCUGGCAUGUUGUCUAAUGGCUUUGUUUAUGACCAGACCUGUAGGCAUCUGAAGGUCUGGCAUGUUGUCUAAUGGCUUUGUUUAUGACCAGAC